CUCUAUGCAGGUGUGAGCCUGGCAAGCGCCUUCCCCAGGAGACCAAGGCCAGCCCCUGCUCCUUGGUGAGCAUGUGUGACUGAAAGGCUGUGAUCAAGAAUGCCGAUAUGCCAGAGGAGAUGCAACUGGACUCAGUGGAGUGUGCUACUCAGGCACUGGAGAAGUAUAAUACAGAGAAGGACAUCGCGGCCCACAUCAAGAAGGAGUCUGACAAGAAGUACAACCCCAUCUGGCACUGCAUCGUGGGGAGGAACUUCUGUAGUUAUGUGACAUAUGAAACCAAAAUCUUCAUCUGCUUCUACCUGUGCCAAGUGGCCAAUCUCCUGUUCAAAUCUGGUUAAAAGCAUGGACUGUGCCACACACCUAGUGAUCCAUCCAAAAACCAGGACUGCAGCCUAAAGUCCAAAUACCAGAGACUGAAGUCUUCAGCCCUGCCUAAGGGAACACCUCCAUCUUUGAAUCUUUAUUGGGUUUUGUACGGGGCAUUCUCUGUACUGGUUUGUUGUGGUUAUAAAGCAAUUAGCAAAAUGGCUUACAUUUGUAUUUAUUUUCUAUUCCAUACUUCUCUGCCCAUGUUUUUUUUCUCUUCGAAAUCCAUUGCUUUAAAGAAAGAAGUCUUUUGGAGAAGGGUGCGUUAAUAAACCGUUUGUUCAAAUAAUCUAGAGUUGAAGAUGGCCUCUUUAGUUGAUCUUGGGUAGGCUGGUGGGGGUGAUUCCUUGAAGUUUCUGCGGGAUGUAACAGACUAGCCUAUUCAGCACUCUUGCGUUUCAUUCUUGCCCAUCCUGCUCCUGUCGUGCAUGGGAGAAUGCUACUCAGAAGUGCGUGUUGAGAGAGGCACGGCAGAGAAACUACUGGACCAACUCUUACUCCUAAUCUGAUAAGUACAUUCCUUAAGCGCUCCUUUUGUGAUAACAGCUAUAGAGUGCUCCGGGCCUUAGGCCUCACGAGAUGAUGAGUGUGUCAUGGAACACCUUUAAGCUUUCUAGGGCUGUAAAAUGGAAACAAGCUGGUAAGAAAGUUGGGCUAAUGAGAAAUCUGUUGGGCUCUAGACAUUUCCCCUCCCCUGCCUGGCCAAAGUAUACUCUAAAGAUCGAAGGUGGUCUUAAAGGGAAAAAGCUUUUAAGUAGCGACCUUCCUUGUGAUUCUAAUAAAGUCUGCAGGAAUUUAAA